GCGACGUGCUACGGUAACACUUUCGACUGUCUUUCUCUACGACGUUUUUUUUCACUAGCCAUCCAAGCUCACAGGCUAUCAAUCCGGUGGAGUCAACCAUUGAACGAGAGCCUCUCCAGGGAUUAAGCAGUGGUUUAUUCCCCUCCAUUGAUCAGUCGAGUGUCCCAUAGACCUAGAAACACUCACAGACUUAAAGAAAAGCAGCAGGAUGGACAGAACAGAGCUCAUCCAGAAGGCGAAGCUGGCCGAGCAGGCUGAGCGCUAUGAUGAUAUGGCGACCUGUAUGAAGUCGGUGACCGAAGCAGGAUCCGAGCUGUCUAACGAGGAGAGAAACCUGCUAUCUGUCGCCUAUAAGAAUGUGGUGGGCGCCCGGAGGUCUGCCUGGAGGGUCAUCUCCAGCAUCGAGCAGAAGACUGAAGGAAACGACAAGAAACUGCAGAUGGUGAAGGAAUACCGGGAGAAAGUGGAGUCUGAACUGCAGGAUAUCUGCAACGAUGUGUUGGAGCUGCUGAACAAAUAUUUAAUCCAGAAUUCCACAAAUCCUGAGAGCAAAGUCUUCUACCUGAAGAUGAAGGGCGACUACUACAGAUACCUUGCUGAAGUCGCCUCAGGAGACGACAAGAAAAGUAAGAAUGUUUGGCUGCUGGUUUUGUGGUUUGAAAAGGCCUGCGCCCUUGCUAAACAGGCAUUUGAUGAGGCCAUAGCAGAGCUUGAUACGCUGAAUGAAGAGUCUUACAAAGACAGCACUCUUAUCAUGCAGCUACUGAGAGACAACCUCACAUUAUGGACAUCCGACAACGCACCAGAUGAGGGAGAAGGAGGCGAGGGAGGAGAGAACUAGACCACACGCUCCUUCAGCUCCGACCUUUUUACACAUCUCCAUUCCUUAUCACUCCAUGUCAGAAUUCCUCCAGUAAAGAUCAAACCCAUGAUUAACAAAGAGCUGUUUAUGAAAAAAAAAAAAAGUGCAGUGCAGCUUUUGGACAAGAAAAGAAAGAUAUUUGGGGUGAAACCCUGUUCCUUAGUUUGUUUGUCUUGGCCUUUCAUAAUGUGCAGUUUCUGCUGUAGAAAAGUAUGACUAGUGUCAUUUUAUACAAACAUAAUCCUAAAGUAAUAGCUAAUGGAAAAUAAAUUAAUGAAUAAAUUAAAAAUAAGGACAUGCAUUUCAUCACAGGUAAGUCUGAGACUAAAAAGUAAUCGCAGGGAUAUUAAAAGCAUUUAGACAACCAUAUACACCUACUGUAUCAUGUACUUUAACACUCUUACCUGUUUGACCUAAGCACUACCACGGGUUGUGCACUUCCACUGAAAGCAGUGAUCAGUCAAGCUUUAAAUAGUUCAAUAUGGAAAUUUUAAAAAGACACUUGUUGAAAUGGCGUACGUUUCAAACAGCAUUUUAAUUGGAAAUAUUAGCAUCUGCAGUGGUAUGUAGUAUCUGACGAUCCUCAGUUUAUGAACGGUUUAAUAAUAUAUUUACUGUUUUUUACUUGAUUUUGGCCUGUUUAGUGUUCCCUUUGCUUUUAUUUUAUGGAAACCAUCCAUAGAAAUUAAAAGCAUUUGUAAGACGACUUAGGGCAUAGGGCAUAUUUGAUUUGAUUUGUUUAGUAAUGCUAUGAUAAAAGUGAAACUGUUUGGCUAGCAGUACCCCACUAGCAUGCAGACCAAUUCUGACACAAUCUGUGGCACAGUUCGGGAAUAUGGUUUUGAUGGUCACCUAUAAACAACCCACUCUAGAAACUUGUUUCACAUAACACAUGUUAUGAAUGAUAGAAACCAGGAACGAGUAUCUUGAUUCUGACUGCUUGUGAAUUUGUGUUGUUGGCAGAUAACAUUGCCUGUGUAUGUCCAGAACACUGGAAUGAGAAUCAGUUGCCAAUAUUAAAGUUCUGAUACUUUUCAAUGCUUUGUGCACAGGUGUGUGGUUGUCCAGAGAGUGUCAUUAUAGAUUUGACCACUAUUACAUGUUUUGCUUCUCCUUUUUGUCUUUUAUUCUAUUGUGUAUGUGAUUUUUGUUUUUGUUUUUCUCUCUUUUUUUUUUUUAAUUUCCCAUGAAUUUUAGUCUCACAAAAGCCUUGUGAAAAUGUUUUAUGCCCUAUGUAUGUUAUGAAACAUGCUUAAUUACAUUUUAUAAACCAG